UCACAUCGUUUCGGCCACUGAUUCGUCGUCACAUCCAACAAGUGGCAUUUUCACACGUGAGAACUCACACGCUCGGUUCUGCAUCACUCUCACAAAGUCCAAUAAAAUCACAAUUCAUAAUUCUUUGGGUUCCUUGUUUCAAAAUUCAUCUCUCUCUCUCUCACAUUGAUUCUUAAAGAAUCGCGCCGCUUCUGCUAGAAUCGAAAGAAGAGAGAUCAAGAAAGAAACAGUAAUGGCGGCGUUGUUGUCACCGCCGCGGGGUAACAGCGAUACAGCUUCUUCCGACGAUGAAUCUCUUCUUUCAUCCAAACGCCAAAAGUUGGAAGAUGAAGAAACCUCAACAUCAACCGCCGGAGACGCCACGAUUCAGGCGGCGAAACCACCACGCCACGUAGACUCAGCACCACCGCCGUAUGCUUCUUUUGACGGAUGGACUUAUCAAGAUCGUGUCUUUAAGACCCCGUGGUGUCGAUUGCUAUCACAGUCUGCACAAAAUCGAGACGUUUACAUUGCUAGAUCGUGCUUCACUCUGGGUUCUUGUCUAGCCUCCAACGCAGUAAUACACAGCCAGAAUCUCGGUUCUUUGUUGUGCAAGAUCACAAGAAUUCAGCGCAAUGGAAAUGUUGUAGCGGUUCUAGAUAUCACAGGAACCGGGGGACCUGUGCUGAUUAAUGGAGCACUUCCCCACAAGGGUUUCAGCCAUGUGCUACGCUCUGGUGACGAAUUGGUUUUUGGUGAUUGCGGGAGCUAUGCUUUCAUAUAUCAGCAGAUGCCUAAUGUUGCAGACUCAGCUGGUAUGGAAGAGGUUCCUGCAGGAAAAUUUCUACUGUUAGAGAGAGAGGCAAGAGAUCCAUCAAACCUUUCGAUUUUCGCAUCCCUUGCAAGCUUGAGUCGGGAGUUACGAUUAUCAAGCCGUGCAUCCAUUAUGAGCUGGCAAGCGCCAGAGAAUCCUGCUACUUCUGGGGUCCAAGAAGGCGCAAAGCUUGAAUUUGACGGCAUGGCUGAUAACAAUCAAAGUAAUAAAGCUGCAGACAGCCAUAACCAAGAUUCCAAAAUUGAGAUAUUAGAGGAGAGAAACGAGGUGACAAGGGGUUCACAACUAGCUGCAAAAUUCAAGAAACAUAUUCAAGCUGGUAUUGUAGACUGCGAAAGAUUGGAAUUUUCACUGGAUGAAUUUCCUUAUUAUUUGAGUGAGAGUACAAAGAAUUCUUUACUAGCUGUUUCACAUGUACAUCUCAAAAAGAAGAAUAAAGGAUAUGCCUCCGACUUCACCAAUUUGAACCCAAGGAUAUUGCUUUCUGGUCCUGCAGGGUCUGAAAUAUACCAAGAGAUAUUGGUUAAAGCACUUGCCAAUCACUUCAAGGCGAAAUUGCUAAUAUUUGACAGCCAUCCAAUUUUGGGGGCUAUGACUGCUGAGGAAUUUAAGUCACUGAUGGAUGGACCUGCUUCUAAAAAGUCAUGUAAGCUUCCCAGGCAGAGUUUAGAGCUCAUUGAUGGAGGGAAGAAAUUGGCUUUGUCAACAGGUGAUGGAGAUUCAUCUAGCCCUUCUCCUCCUGCUUCUUCUGGUCCAGACUCAAAGCCUAAGACUUUACCUUGUUCAUUUGGAAAUCCAGUGAAUUGUACUUUGAAGAAAGGUGACAGGGUAAGAUUCUUCAGCAAUGAGUCCUGUCGGGGGCUACCUACCUCAUGGGGACCACCUUCUGGGAUUAGAGGGAAAGUAAUUUUAGUAUUUGAUGAGAAUCCUAAAGCUAAAGUGGGUGUUAGAUUUGAGAAUCCAGUACCUGAUGGAGUUACUCUUGGUGACCUGUGUGAAAUGGGACAUGGGUACUUCUGCAGUGCUACUAAUCUUCAGUUCGAGAGCUCGGGUUCCGAGGAUCUAGAUGAAUUACUUGUUGACAAAUUGUUUGAGGUUGUCCAUGAUGAGAGCGGAACUUGUCCGGUCAUUCUAUUUUUGAAAGAUGCUGAGAAAUUUGUUGUUGGAAAUUCCGAUUUUUGCUCUGCAUUCAAAAGCAAACUUGAAGAUAUCCCAGAUAACGUAAUUGUGAUCGAUUCACAGACGCACUCUGAUAAUCGCAAGGAGAAGGAUAUUGGACAACAACAUGAGCAAGAAAAGGAAGUCCCAACGGCAACGAAACUUCUAACGAAUCUCUUUGAAAAUAAAGUUACUAUUUGCAUGCCACAGGAUGAGGAUCUUCUUACAACCUGGAAGCGUCAGUUGGAUCGUGAUGCUGAGGCUUUGAAAAUAAAGGCAAAUUCCAGUCAAUUGCGCAUGGUGUUGGGACGAUUUGGUAUAGAGUGUGAAGGCAUUGAGACGAUGUGCACAAAGGAUCUUACACUUCAAAGAGACAGUGCAGAAAAGAUCAUUGGAUGGGCUCUUAGUGACCAUAUAAAGCGUAAUCCUGAUGCUGAUCCAGAUGUUAGAGUUACUUUGUCUCUUGAUAGCUUAAAAUUUGGAAUAGAACUCUUACGGACUGUUCUAAAUGAAUCUAAGAACCCGCAGAAGUCUGUCGAGGACAUUAUGACAGAAAAUGAGUUUGUAAAGAGGCUUUUUAGUGAUGUUAUUUCUCCCGGGGAAAUUGGUGUUACAUUUGAUGACAUUGGGGCACUUGAGAAUGUCAUAGACACUUUAAAGGAAUUGGUUAUGCUUCCUUUACAACGGCCUGAACUUUUCCGCAAGGGGCAAUUAACAAAGCCUUGUAGAGGAGUUCUCUUAUUUGGACCUCCUGGAACUGGAAAGACCAUGCUUGCAAAGGCAGCGGCAACGGCAGCUGGUGCUAACUUCAUUAACAUCUCAAUGUCAAGGUGGUUUGGUAAGGGUGUGGGUGAUGUCAAAGAUGUCUUCGCGAUGGCUAGUAGAAUUUCCCCUAGCAUUAUCUUUUUCGACGAGCUGGACAGCAUGAUAGGCCGAAGCCAAAAACCGGGGGAGUUGAUGAUAUAUUGGGACGGUCUGACGACAAAGGAAACGGAACGUGUUCUGGUUCUUGCAGCCACAAACAGACCUUUUGACCUUGAUGAGGCUGUCAUUAGAAGGUUGCCUCGUAGGUUGAUGGUGGGACUACCAGAUGCUCUGGAUAGAGCAAAGAUAUUAAAGGUUAUUCUCGCAAAAGAAGUCUUGUCCCCUGAUUUGGAUAUUGAUGGAGUUGCUAGUAUGACUGAUGGAUAUUCUGGAAGCGAUCUUAAGAAUCUAUGUGUUACUGCUGCCCACCGUCCAAUCAUGGAGAUAUUGGAGAUGGAAAAAACUGAGCGAGAUGCUGCUCUGGCCGAAGGCAGAGUUCCUCCAGCUCGAAGUGGAAGUCCUGAUAUCCGAGCUUUGAACAUGGAGGAUUUCAAAAACGCACUUGCCCUCGUGAGUGUGAGCGUCUCAUCAGUGUCUGCGAACAUGACAGCGCUUCAACAAUGGAAUGAACUACACGGGGAAGGUGGAUCUAAAAGGAACCAGUCACUCAGCUACUACAUGUAGGAGAGGGAACACUGUAACAACAACCAGAUCGGGUCUAUUGAAUCUAGUUUAGAAACCUUAACUCAAUUACGUCUAGAAAAGAAAAAGAAAAAGAUAGCUUUGAACGAUUGUAUAUAAUUUGUUUGCGUGAAGCAUAAAUGACGUAAAAAGAAACUUUUGGACA